UAAUCGGGCUCACAAGUAUGUCGGACAACUAUGAUAAUGAGAAUAGCGAGAGCUUCCAGAAGGCCGCCUCAGGAGCCUCCCUCUCUUACCCCGUUCAAUGUUCAUCACUCCGCAAGAAUGGAUUCGUUCUUAUCAAGGGUUUCCCUUGCAAAAUAGUGGAGAUGUCAACGUCAAAAACGGGAAAGCACGGAGGCGCAAAGGUGCACCUAGUCGGGAUUGAUAUUUUUAACGGAAAGAAAUACGAAGAGUUGUGCCCGUCAACACACAACAUGGAAGUCCCAAACGUAGUGAGGACCGAUUGCCAGCUCAUCGACAUUCACGACGACAACUUCGUCUCCCUUCUCCUCGACGAUGGGUCAACUAAGGACGAUCUAUCGCUCCCAACCGGAGAACUCGGCGAAAACAUCAAAAAUGCCUUCGAAAGCGGUAAGGAUUUGUUGGUUAAUGUACAAUCUGCCAUGGGACAAGAGGCGAUCAUCUCGUUCAAGGAAAACACCAACAACCGAUAACUGUUUGCAUGUUCAAUUGCUGAACCGCAAGAAGACGGUGGUCGCAAAUAAAUUAAGGUCCUACCUCGAAAAA